AUGGAGCAGGGUGGAGUGAAGGAGAAGCGGUCCGAAUUGGUUGGCACAACUUCGUCGUCGUCAAUUAUGGGACCACUGAAGAGUCAAAAGCUGGGCGGUGCAUGCAGGACCAUAUUGCAAUCAUCGAAUGCCCCGGACUAUGUUGACUGA